AUGGGUCUGCCAUUAAGAAUGGAAAACUUACACGCCCCAACGGUUCACUCCGGACCUACUUCUGGCCUAGCCGGCACGAAUGGCAUCCAAACAAGCGGGCUGAGCCUUACACAACUCCAAGCUAAAAAGGACAAUAUUGAAGCUGAAAUCAGAGCUUUGGGCAGUGUAUUAGAAUCACAUGGUGUUGAUAUGAAUACAAGGCUCAUCACCCCUGAUGGAUUCCCUCGGGCAGAUAUAGAUGUGGCACAGAUUCGAACGACAAGAUCACGAAUCAUAUACCUGAAGAACGAUUACAAAGCCCUCAUGAAUGUUAUCGAGAAACACAUACAUGAACAUUUUGCGAGGCAAACAGAACUUGCUGCUACGGAGGCAACUACAAAUGGCUCGACUCCCGUGGACGUAGACACAUCGCCAUAUUCAUCUCGUGUCCAGCAAGCCGCUGGGCCUCCCUUUGCCAAGGUUAACAGCGUUGUGGAUGGAAGCCCUGCGGAUUCUGCUGGAUUGAAAGCUGGGGAUGAGAUUAGGAAUUUUGGUUAUGUCAGCCACACGAACCAUGAUGGCCUGAAGAGAGUCGGGGAGUGUGUCCAGGGCAAUGAAGGGGCAAGUCAAAAUAUUCAACGUGAAAUUCUCGUCAAGGUAUCUCGUUCGCCAGCGUCAGGCGCGGCUCAACGACAGGAACUGCAAUUAACUCUCACUCCCCGACGAGAUUGGGGCGGCCGUGGUCUUCUGGGUUGCCAUAUUUUACCGUUGUGA